UGCCUUUUCUUUUACCACCAUCUUUGUCCAACUCAUCUCUCUCUCUCUCUCUCUCUCAUCUGCAAAAACCAGCAAAGGUCUGUGCUUGCCCCACUCCAACUAGUUCACAAUAUGAAAUCGUGCCAGCAAACAUCAUUCAACCACUAAAAAUGGCUUCAUGUAUUCAUUUUUAGUGGCAAAAUCUCAUAUACACGAUGAGAGUGGAAGAGAGGCACUUGUAUUUCAACCUUCAAAAGUUGUUGUAAUCUUUCUCAAGAAAUUGAAGAAAGUUGACAUCUUUUUUUUUUUUUUUUUUCUAAAAAUUUACAAUGCCAGUUCCUCUUGCUCCAUAUCCAUCCCCUCCUGUACCAGUUACAACACCAACCCCUUCAAAUGGUUCUCAAAGCCAGCUAGUGUGCUCAUCAUGUAGAAAUCUUCUACUUUAUCCAGUUGGAGCAACUUCAGUAUGCUGUGCAGUUUGCAAUGCUGUCACAGCUGCUCCUCCGCCUGGCACCGAAAUGGCACAACUGGUUUGUGGAGGGUGUCACACAUUGCUCAUGUACAUCCGAGGUGCAACAAGUGUACAAUGUUCUUGCUGUCACACCAUAAAUUUAGCCUUAGAAGCAAAUCAGGUAGCACAUGUCAAUUGUGGAAACUGUAGGAUGCUUUUGAUGUACCAAUAUGGAGCUCGUUCUGUGAAAUGCGCGGUUUGCCAAUUUAUUACAUCUGUUGGGGCUUCCACAAGUGCCAUUGAACAGAAGUUCAACACCUAAAACUUUGACUUAUUUUGACUUGUUCUUCAAAUCCAUGGUGACCCAAGAACAUAUAUGUAUUAUGUAUAGAAUUAUGAUAUUCCUCUAGCUUGAGAGUUGAGAGUUGAGGCUAUCAUUAUCUUUUUUCAUAAGUGAUUAAAGAAUAAGCCUAGUUUUUGGCAGGCGUCGAGAAAUAUCGGAUUAUGAGAGGACAUUUAUGGUUGUAAGUUGGUGUUUGGUUUGUUGGAUAAUGACAAGUUAAUGUUUGGUUUUUAAUGUUAA